AUGGGAGAAGUGAGAGGCCUUGGGCAGGUCGCCCCACCGUCAUUUUUUGUUGUAAUGUACGGCAUCUUCACUUUCUCUUCUAUUCAACAUGUGUGCGCUUACCCCCAUAUGAAUUUUUUAAGCUUGGUGAACACGGUGCAUGCUUUCCUUUUCGUGCCAUUUAUUUAUUUGAGAACUUUUACACCUUCUUCUCCUUUUUUUAUUGCUGUCGUUUUCCUUUUUUUUGUUUGCUUUGCUCUUACUGGUGACGGAGGUCAAUUAAGAGAGAUCACAGAGACUGCAUGGUUGAUGGCACUUGUGUUUGCUGAGGCAAACUUUCCACCGAUGCGGUGCGGUAUUGUAGGCCGCGAGAUGAGAGGUGACGAGAGCGCCGAUGAUUUAUACCUCCCAGUAGAGUUUUUGGAUGACACACAGACAGUUUCUUCCUCGCCUCUAAAGGAGGACGGACCCUGCGAGACGCAUGUCACCGACUGCAUCUGCCCAGGGAGUAUUGUAUUCACACGCGUAGGAAUUACCCUGUCCCUUGUACUUACUCCCCAUAGAAAUCGUGUCAGUGAAGGGACGAAAUUCGACGACACGGUGCCACGAGAAGUGGUUGUUUUCAGUGACAUCAUUGAUGUGGUGACGGGGUUUUGCCGGUGGGUAUCUGCCUCAACGCAACAGACGCUGUGGUACUCUUUGGAGCUGCUGGGCGGCGCACACUGUGUCAUCUUUAGGCCAGACGAAACACGCGUUGCACCACCUCACGUCGGAAAUGAUACUGGCGAGGAAAUGGCACUGGAGGGGACUCUUCCGCUGUGGGUGCGCCGCAUCACGGCCGCCACUGAACAACAUGUUGAAACGGUUCUCUGGUCCGGCAGUGAUGACGACACUGCCAUGGAGGUUAACGACGCGCCACGCUCUACCUUUUCUUGGAGGAGGCUACAGGUGGUGGACACUAAUGGGCAAGUGGGAAGUUCUAAAGGUCUUUUAAAGAGAAACAUGGGAAUUGAUGCGGUAGAGUGGGAGGUGCAACGGCAAAACUGCUUUUAUGAUGCUUUUUCCGCGCACAUGUCCUUAUUGCGUGAAGAAACUAUGGCAUGGGAAGACAUCCUUUUGAAGUGGGCAUCACCACUUGUACGCAUGACAACAUCAUUAUUACCGGCAGCUAUAGCAGCAGAGAGUUUGGGUUCCGCCACCAUUGCGCAAACAUCGCUGAGUCUACGUGGCUUGACAGCAACGCAAGAUGAGUCACAAUUGGGUGGGGAAUAUGGAAUAGACAUCACAAAUGAAGUGGUGCAGCUUUUGGCGGAGGAAGAAAAGGUGGCACGGAUGAAGUUCGCAAAGUACACAGCAGCCGUGCGGAAAGGUGGCUGCGGAAAGUAA